AUGAAAGAGUCAAGUUAUAUUGAUAAUAAUGACUCAUCUAAACAAGAAUAUUCUGAAAAAAAAAUUGAAAACGAUAAUUCAAGGCUCUCAAAAUCAAUACAAUUUGUUGUAAAUGAAGUUUCAAGCCUACUUAAUUGUAACAAUGCUUCGAAAACAAAGGAGCAAGAUGCUCCUUAUUCACUCAAUGAAAUUGGGCAAUUAAAAGUUAACGCAAAAGAGAUACACAAAACAAUUCAAGUUUCGUCAGCUAUUAAACUUAGAUCUAACAAUCCUCUAUUACUUUCUCUUACUGCAUUACUAUCAAAUCCCCAUCAUACGAAGUAUUUAAAUUUUAUGACUGAAAAUAUUAUUGAAGAGCUUUCAGAAAAUCAGUCCAAAAAAAUUAAUGUUGAUGAACUUGGAAAUAAAUCAAAUGAUUUUAUUUCAAAAGAUUCAAAAAAUACAAUCAUUAAUUUUAUAGCAUCUAAUUUACAGUAUUAUUUGUUUGAAGGUAGAGCAACAAAUAUAGUUAUUAAUGAUUUAGUUGUUACAUUGAUGAAGGCAUAUUCCAGUGAAAAAACACCCAGUCAGAUAUUUGAUGUAAAUAAUUGGGAAACUAAUAACCAAGUAUUUAUUGAAGCAAGGGAUUGGUGUGUGCUAAUUGGACCUAAAGAGUGCAUUUUUCCAAAAACUUGCUACGAGUUAAGGGAUUUAUUAAAUAAAAAGGGCAUUAAACUUAAAUCAUACUUUGAAAAUGUCAAUUCUGAAAAUGCUAUGGUCUCUCAAAUGAAUCCGGGAACUGCUAGAGUUGAAUCGCAAGAUACAAAUUUUUCUUCAAUAGAUGAUUUGGAUACUCAGUAUUUCGAAAGGUUGUCUUAUUCAAAGCUAAGAGAAUACAAGUCAAAUAAUAUCCCAAACUAUUCUCAUUUUGAGCAAAUAAAAAAAUUUAUUUCGACCCAAUAUCCAAAUCUAAAAGCAUUUUUUUACUCUCCGGGAAGUUGUAUCUAUAUUAACGGAAAUGAUGUUGUAACGUUCUUGGAAAUUCUUAAAAAGUCUACAGAAGAAAGAAAAAUCAAACUGGAAAAUGAAAGUAAGCAUAAUUCGGCCAUGAAAAAAACUUCUAAUUUAAAAAAUCCAUAUUGGUUUUUGAGAGAUACUAAACGCAUAUUGUCAAACUUCCCUAUUAAAGAUACAGUCUUUAAAGCCUCAACUUGCGACUGUAAUUUUAUCCAUAAUUCUACUAAAAACCAAUCCCAAGGUUUCUAUGAAUUAAAUAUUGAAGGUUUAUUUUUACCAAAUUCAUUAUACGUAAUAUUAAAUGGAUUCAAAUUACUUUGCCCCGACAUAUAUACAUGUAAUGUCUCAAUUGAAAGCCUUGCAGAACCUCCAUUUUUCCCUAACGAAGUGAGUAAGCCAGUAAUCAUUUGGGAAAAGCUCAUUCCGUUGUUAAACUCAACAAUCCACUCAAUUAGUCCAACUCUUGUGGAACUGGCAAACCAAUUGAAACCUUACACUAGGGUUUAUUUUAAAAAUCCCAAAAUAAAUACAGAAAAUACUAAGAAUAGCCAAGAGCAAACUCAAGUACAAACAUUAAACUACACAAUUCCUCUUUUUUCGCUCCCAAGAAAACGGCUAAACCCUAUUUCACAAUUCCAAAAUUCUCAAAAAAAUUACACAAAUGUUAAUUGCAAGAAUAAUUCCCAGAAUUUUGUUACUAUUGGUACUUCAGCCAUAAAUAAUUCCACAGUAUCUCAAAUUCAAUCCAGAAAUAUCCAUUCUUCAAACUCAACAUUUUCAAAUAUCUUGUUUGAUUUUUCAGCCUCUAAUGGUGUAUUUGACGGUAUUAAUGCACAAGUAGGGUCAAUGCUUGCCAGUGGAAUGGGUAAUUUCCCCAAUUUAACGGGCUCAUCAUCUUCGGUUGAAAACCAGACUCUACUUGCUCUGCCACAAAGUAACAUGUAUAAUAACCCUCCACUACUACCUUCUUCAGGAAUAAGAGCAAGAACCCCAAAUUCAGCAUCUGCAAAUAUUCAAUGGUUGAAUUUUAGAGGCCUCGGAUUUUCUUCGCAGGUAAAUUCAAAUUAUGUUUCCCUUUCCACGCCGAUGGGUAAGCAGCUCUUGCAUAGAAUUGGAACUAUAAACCCAAUUCAAAGGCUUGAACAAACUCAAAAUUUAAUUAACUUUCAAAUAAAAUCAAGUAAUGUCAAGGGAAUUAAUUCCAACCAGAUUCAGUCAUUUACUGAGAAUCUAACAACAAAGAUAUUUGAAGAAACUUCACUAUGUUUUGUUGGUUUCGAUUCUGAGAGGCUUGAUUAUUUUACUGCAAGGGCAGUUGAAGAGGGUGCAAAAGUUAUUAAAUUUGCUCAUCUUGAAAGAGAAUAUACCAGACAAUACUCAAAAUUCGUGGCGUUUAAAGAAAUUAGUAUUUCAAAUUUUGUUUAUUCGUGGUUAAAUGUUACGAGAUUUUAUUGUGUAAUAGAUGAUUCAAAAUUCCAAUCAGAUAACACAAAUCAUUUUGACUGUGACUUUGAAAGGAUCCAUCAGUACUUUAAAGCUCAACAAUUUGUAUCGCUCGAAUGGUUUCUAACAUCCUGCUUUGAAAGGCGAUCAUUGGAUCCAGAUAUGUUUACCCCAAUUUGCCGUCCAACUUUUCCAAUACAGAGAAAUAAAAAUCAUUCCACACUUUUGGCUGGAGAUGAUUUUCUCGUUAUAAUUAUUGAAAAUUUCCCACAUAUGAACAAAAUUUAUAAUUCAUCAAAAGAAGGCCAGGAAUCAUUAAGCAAUGCAAUUUGGGGUAACUGCAUACAAAGAAUACUCAAAUCAAUUUAUGGGCCAAAUAUUACUAAUUUAAGGGAAAUUUCGAGUCUUAUAGAAAAGAAUAAAUCGAAAUGGAAAAAGGAUUUUCCAAGUAGCAUAAUUGUUGUACCAUGUAAUUUAAUUCCAUAUAAACCAAGUUUAAAUAAUGAUUCUGAGUCUAUAGAGUCACCUAUUUCUGCUCUGUAUGGACACAACAAAUCCCAAUUCAUCAAUGAUCUCGAUUUUAUCAAAAAUUAUUUACUUAGUAAUUUCAGCUUGACACAAAAUAAGAAUUUUGAGGAAAUAUUACACAUUGUUACACCUUCUUGGUUAUUAGAUAGUUGCUCCAAAAGAAUAAAAAUAGACUACCAAGAAUACGAAAUUAAGCAUUCUACUUCAACAGUUCAAAUUCAAAGAAGGCGAAGGAAGACUAAAACCGCAAUAAUCGAUGAUAAAAAUAACUUAUAUAAAGAAGAAGUGUGUUUUUUUUAUAGAAAAGAUAUUCAUUCAGAUAUAUGCAACAUUAUUCCUCCGCAAGGCCCAUGGCCUCUUUGGGGCUGGAGUGUCUAUAUCAUUGAUUCAAUCAAGCAACGUCUUUCUAAAAAUCUAAGAAAUAAACUGAAAGAAGUUGGAGCAAUUUUUAUUGAAUCCAUCGAGUUUUUUGAAGAUGUAAUUACGUAUUCUAAAGACCAAAUCAAAGAAUUAUUGAAUGAAAUUAGACAUAAUCGUGUGAAUCUGAUUGUUUGUAGUGACUUUCUUGAUUCCCAACUCAUAAAAAAAAUAGAAGGUUUAAACAACUUUAGAAAGGAUGAACUGGGUUAUCAGUUUUCAAACAAAAUAAAUAUAGUUGGUGAAUCGUGGGUAAACAUGGUGCAUGGAACACGGACACUGCAUCCUUUUGAGUGCAAAUUUUAUUUUGACAAUCCAAAUUUAGAUUAUAAUAAAAAUCUUAAAAACUGCAAAGAUUUUAAUUCAAUAAAAGUUCUAGAAAAUUGUUCCGAAUCAAAAAAAAUCGAACAAAAUGAAAAUUAUGAUAACAAAGACAAGCUUGAUAGUGGUGUUUCAAUAAUAUUGCAAAGUUCAAAAUAUAUGAAGGAAAGGCAUGCUAAUAUAACACAAGAAAAUAAAAUUGCAAAGGUACAUUUUGAAGAACUUGAGUCAACAGGAUAUGUUAUUGAAGAGAAUGUUCAAAGCUCAAAUUCCUCGAAGAAUAGUAAACUAAAUAAACAAAAACGCAAAAGAAACAUGAAUAAAGAUCUCCAUUUAAUGGAUAGUUCAAUUAAUUUUGAAAGUUUUAAGAAGAAAGCUAUGGAAAAAAACAAUGCUUAUUACGAUCAAAAUUUAAACAAAGAUUAUUUAAACGUUUUGGAUAAAAGUAAUCAAGCUGAAGAAGAAUUCUUAGUUCCUCUUUCUUUAUCAUUCAUGUCAAAUUGGGGUGAAUAUAAAAAUAAGGAUUGCCUUCCCUUAUUCUUUUCCUCGCAUACUCCAAUAAGAAAAGGUUAUGAGGUCAAAGAAAUUCAUUCAAACACUCCAAAUAGAUCCGAAUCUAAUUGGCUAGACCAAUUUAACAAUAUUGAAGACUUGAUUGAUUAUAAUAUUUACCCAAAUGAGUCAAAUGAUGAUUUUGGAUCUCAAACUGAUAGAACAACGACGUUUCAAAAAACUUUGGACGAAUCCGAGAAUGAUCAUCUUGGUAACACAAAGGGCAAUUGUUCGCCAAUACUUUGCCCAAUUAUGCCUAUUAACUUGAAUUAUUGA